AUGGUCGAUCUCACGAGCUUCGCCCGGACGGCGAGCGAUCGCGCGGUCUCGAUGACCCUCGUCGCGAUCUUCAACGAAGACUCGAAGACCCCUCGGGUGUUGGCGGACUCCGAGGACUAUCUUGCGUACACCCUGAAAAACGGCCGAACGGUGCGUUUGGUGGCGCGCAGCAAUAACAUGAAAGGCAGCCUUCGGGCCCACGAGAAGCCGAUCCACGCCCUCCAAUUCGUGAAUUACCGCAGCAAUGUCGCGGCGUCGGCCUCGGCGAGCGAAUUUUUCGUCUGGGUCGUGACCAACGACAACGCGGCCGGGGCGGACCCCACCACCAGCCCUCUGACCGUGCGGCUCUACUUUACCCUUCGGGACGAGCGGACGAUUUGUCGGUUUUGCUUUUUUAUCAACCUCGCGGUGGGGACGCCGGACUUGUUGGUGCUGUACGAUCGGAAAGUCGCGGUGUUGGAGAGCUCGCGGUUGAUUCGCGAGUGCACGUCGGCCCCGGUGGAGGCGAGUUUGGCGAAGGACAGCCGCGAGCUGCGGGAGUUGACGGCGGCGGUGGGGCCGGGGACGUUGUGCGGGGUGAACAACGCGGGGUGGUUCGCCUUCACGACGGAGGCGACCCUCGUGGUGGCCUGCACCCUGCGCAAUCGCGGGACCCCGGCCUGGCCCGCCUGCGAGGAGGCCGCGAUCAAAGGCCUGGAGCUGCUCGACGCCCCGGGGCCGGAGGGGCCGGCGAUGCUUUUCGCCGCCUCGGACUCGACCGUCUUUCAAUGGCGGCUGACGGGGCAGUCGGCGCCGGUGCGGCUGCGGCGGCUGCGCUUUGGCCGCGGCCUCGUCGCCCUGCUGAGCGCCAAAAACACCCUCGCGAUUUUUAAUCGCGACCACCAACUCGCCCUCGUGGAAGGGAAGGAAAAGGAUGGAAAGGAGGAGUUGGCGGCGACGAUUUACCCCAUUCGCGCCGAGGUUAAGCCCGGCAGUGUGUGCUUUAGCCGGCUCGCCCGAUACGGCUGCGUCCUGGUUGACGCCCACUCGCAGAUCGAGAUGUACCAAUUCGCCCUGGAGCCGGCCGGCGAGAAGGAGCGAGGGGGGAAUUCCAUCCCCAUCCCCAUCCCCACCCCCACCCCCCUCAGCGAUCCUGCGAUUUUGUCGGUCACCUCCAAGGGCGCCGUGGCGUCGCCGCCGACGCGGGCGGGGCUGAGCGGCAAGAGCGCGAGCCCCGGAUCGGUGAUUCUGAACAACCUCAUGCAGCAAGUCCAGCGCGGCAACCUCCGCAUCGCGCAGAAGACCCCCGAGACCGCGAACGGCGACUCCGGCCUGAAGAAGUCCCCCCCCCGGAAGGAGUCGCCGGCGACGACGGAGCCCGCGGCCAAGCGCGCGGCGGGGACGGCCGACAAGGGCGCGCGGGCCCUCCUGCAGAACACGGCGCUGCCGAAGCCCAUCAACGGCCCCCUCGCCGCCGCGUUGUACGAGAGCGAGGAGACGGUCCGCCGCGAGGUGGACGGGCUGUCGAGCUCGUGCAAGAACAUCAACGAAAUCCUCCGGCUCUCGCCCGACCAGCUCGCGCGGGACCACGAGCAGCUCCUGAGCCUGGCCCUCGAGGCCCAGAUGACGGCCCUGCAGAACGUCGGCGCCACCCUCGCGAGCCCGGACCGCGGCGGCGAGGCCGAGGCCUUCAACUCCCUCGCGAUCAUGAAGUUGAUCCGGCCGAUCGCGCAGGAUAUCGCGAAAGGCGUCACCCACGGCAUCCGCGAUACCCUGCGGGGGGAGUUGGACGACGCCCUCCGCUCGACCCUCAGCAAGAGCCUCCGGGAGAGCCAACUGGCGGCGGCGAAGAAGCGAAUCGACCACACCCUCAACGAGUGCUGCGCGUUCUUUUCGAGCGAGGUCCAGCAGCGCCUGCAGCUCUUCGCCGAGCGCGAGCUCGGCGACGUCUUCGCCAAGAUCAACACCUCGAUGGGGGAGUUGACGGAGGCGAACCAGUCCCUGCGGGAGGCGUUGAAGGAGAUCAUGAACACCAACGCCGCGGGCGAGAUUUGCGCGCUUCGCGAGGAGCUCAGCGAGCUCAAAUCCACCCUCCGCGCGCGUGGGGUGAACUCCGUGGCCACGGACGGCAUUCUUCCCGAGGGGCGUUCCUCUCCAGAGGCCAUUUUUGUCAUCGUUCGCGGCCUGAUUGACCAAGGAAAGCCCUCCGACGCCUUGGAGUAUUUGCUGAUGGCUAAACAACCCUUGUGUAUUCUUCGUUUUCUCUCCCAGGUGGAGGAUCAGGUCUAUUCCGCCAUUAUCGCGGACCCGAAGAUCGCGGGGAGCGUCUGGACGGGGUUGAUCUUGCAAAUUUGUAAGCCGGAGGUUUCGGAUAGCAUUGAGGAUACCGAGUAUGCCGCGGAGCUUAUACUCGAUAUCUUAUCCGAACACAGCGACAUCCUGAAGAGCCGGACCGCAAAAACACAGCAGAUGAUAAGCGACCUUAGACAUUUUAUCAUUCGCAGUAAAACGCAGAUCACGAACCACGUCAGCUUGAGUACAUUACGCGACUUGGAGAAAAGUAUUCAGUAA